AUGAGUGUAAAGGAAUUACAAUCGCUCGAGAGACAGCUUGAGGGAGCUCUUUCCGCGACCCGACAACGCAAGGAGAGACACCUUGGAGAUAUAAACAAGAAGCUAAAGCUUGAGACGAAAGAAGAUCAUGGUUUCAAAGGCUUUCAACAUCUGCUGCUAAGUUCGUCUGCUCCGGCUGGUCUUACUGAUUUUGCCUUGCAGUCCUCUCACCAUAAUUCUAUGGAUUGCGACGUUGGACAUUUCUUACAGAUCGGGUUGCAACAGCAAUAUGAACAAGGAGACGGAUCUUCGGUAUUAAAGAGCAAUGUGGGAUGUGACAGUGAAACCAACUUUGUCGAAGGAGGAGUUCUUCAACUUGGUAUUGACUAA